AUGAAGCUCGCCACGCCUCAAUAUCUGAGCACCGCGGCGCUGGCGCAGCUGCCCGCCGCGGGUGCCGGGGGACCGCCGCCGGGAGCCACUCGCGAAACGGCGCGCGACGCCCUCCGGUGGGAGACGCGCCCCGCGACGCCGCCGAAGAUCAAGCAGGGCGGCUACCAGCACUACGCACGCCAGGAUCCGGGCGCGAUCGUCCGCCACUUUGGCACCGCUCGCGACCCCCUGCCCAUCGGGCCUUUUGGGUGCAAGAGCAAAGUCGGGCUCGAGGCGGCGGCUGACUGCCUCAGGGUGCUGCCGGACUCUGAGAUCGCGCGGUGGCAGCAGGACCGUGCAGAGGAUGUCUACAUCAGCCACAAGCAAGAGCCGCUGGGGGCUGUCCCCUCGCGCGGCUACCACCUGCCCGACGGCCUCGGCACCCAGGAGCCGUUUGGCGUUUCACUCCACGUGCGAGAGCAGGAGCGGCUCAACUCAACCAAGAGCCUCAUCUUCCCAGCAUCGCGCGACGAAGACGCGGCCUCGGCGCGCAUGUACACGCGCACACACGGCAGCUACGCGCCAGGCGAGCAGCGCAAGCGUGAAUAUGACUGGUCUCUCGCUGCUGGUGGCGGCGGCGUGGACCCCGCCACGCACCGCUUUGGAUUGUCGGGGGCAGAAGCCGGCCGGCGGCGUGCGGCGGAGGCGAGGGCGACCAUGAAGCAGAUUCUUCAGCCUGAGCUGGAUGAAGGCGUGCAGCACACGCCAGCCAUCGUGACCAAGCUGAUGCGCGACCACCAGCUGACCCACGGCGACGCGCUCGGCCGCCACAAGCUCCUCGGCGGCGGCGACCGCGGGCUGUCCGAGGGCCACACCUUCGGCGCGCCCUCGGCGCGCGAGGGCGAGCCGUGCGUCGGGGAGCUCAUACGGUGCGGCUACUCCCAGCAAGAGCAGGAACCCGACGCAGACCUCGGGAAGAGCCUGCGCGAGGGCUGGCGCGCCGCUGCUGGCAUCGCGUCAUACAAACCAGCGCAUGCGCCUGCCAACGGCGGGAUUGGGGGCAAGUCUAGCUGCAUGACGAGCUCGGUGCGGCAGCUUCUCGCCCCGCCGCACUGGGCCGAGAUCGGGGUGACCGAGCAGCAGCUGCAGGCGCAGCGCGGGCGCGAGGGCAUCGCCGCCCUGGCCGUCGCGGCGGGCGUCACGUUCAGCAGCGAGGGAGAAUUUAACGAGUUGUUUCAGGCGGCGGCGUCAGCUGGCGCGGAAGGAGACGGCGGCAGCUGCUCGCUCGCGCGGUUCAUGGAGGCGCGGCAGCAGUGGCUGAGGCAACAAGUCGGGGUGUGA